UUGUGACGUCACGCUAUUGAUUGUAAAAAGGAGAUCGUCUUUUGGAGACGCCAUCUUAAAAUAAAGUGAUAUAAGUUUUGGUAGUGUAGAAUAGAGAAAAAAUCUAAAGUAAUCCUUCUUAAUAAAUUAGCUUUUGAGCCUAGAUAAUUUUAAUAUAAUAUUGCCUAGUGUAACGGACCAAGUUGGUGGUCGGCGCGAGGGUGACCUCCUGAUGGUGUGUACAUCGCAGCAUGUCUGCACUCUCGACGCCGGGCGGCGGAGGCACUACGGCGCAGAGCAAGCCGACGUCCGGCAAGCAAAAGUUUCAGAAGCUAGACAUCAAUAGUCUUUACUGCGCCAACAAGAACGAAAGCUCUGAACCAUCCUUGGCAAAAUCUCAGCUCAGCCGUAAACAUGGAAUGCAAAGUCUUGGAAAAGUACCUUCAGCUAGACGUCCACCUGCCAAUCUUCCUUCUUUAAGAACUGAAACUGGUCUAGAUCCUAACGCAAAUUCUGUCUCUACUGUAACUGCAACUGUAUCUACUCCUGCAACAUGCACAUCUCAGACUAUAACAACAGUAUCAAACAGUGGUGCGGUUGCGGGCACCGGCUCAGCAGGAUGGGUGUCCCUGCCCCCUCCCUCCUCACCACACUUCCGCACAGAGUUCCCCUCGCUGGAGGCUGCAGCUCAACCAUCACACCGUUCUUCAGAUCAUUCUGUACCCCAACCACAGCUCAGACCACAAACGGAAGGCAGUUGGACGUGCGGUGGCACGGCCGGCGCUCGGCCAGAGACUACAUCGUCACCCGUCGCCGCGCCCGCCUGCACGCCUGCCGCACAGCAAACACCCGCCUACCGCGCUAUUCUGCCAUCCUUCCUGAUGAAAGGUAGCAGCGGCACCGGGAUCGGCUUGGGAACAUUAAGCUCACUUCGGGAUAACAGAAGCAAUGCCGGCAGUGCGAGCGGCAACAAUAACCCGCCGGGCAGACAGGCGCAACGAGCGCCCGCCGCGCCCCGCGCCGACAAGGUGCUCCAGGCACGGCCCAUCCUGCGCGAGGAGGAAAUAUCUUCUCUUGAUGACAUCUCUCGCGAUGCAGGCUGGGCGCAAAACGAUGACAUUGAUUACGACCAAAAACUUGACUUCUCAGAUGGUGAGUCAUCUACGCCGACGGUAAAGGUCGGCAAUAAAAGCAAUAACCGGACCAGUAUUGACAAUGAGCGUGUGGAUCCUAAAAUGCAGGAUCCUGACGAGGAGCAGCUAUGGGCGGAACGCCGACAGAAACAGAGUAACGAAGUGGCACAAGCGGUCGCACGCGCGCGGCAGCGCAAGGAGGAGGAGCAGCGGCGGCAGAUGCGGGACUCCCCCGCGCAGCCUCCGAAAGACAUUCGUGAUAAAUUGGAGAGAAAUGAACGCGAUCGCAUGGAAAGUCGUGAGCGAGACCUUGAUCCGAGGGAAAAAGACCGAAUGGAUAAUAGAGAUAAAGAUAGGUCAGACAUGAAAGACAAAGAUCGUAACGAUUUCCGCGAUAGAGACAUGAGAGACAAGGAUCGUUUAGACAAUAGGGAUCGCGAUCGCUUAGACCGUUUUGACAACAGAGACAGAGAUCGCGAACGUGAUAAAGAGAGAUUAAUAGAUAACAAAGAUAGGAUACGAUCGGACAACAGAGAUCGUUCUGACAGCGAAAAAGAUAGAGAUGUACGUGAUAGAGACCGUAACGAUAACAGAGACCGUAAUGAUAACAGAGACCGAAAUGAUAGAGAACGUUCCGAUCGUGAUAGAUUUGAUAGAGACAGAGAGCGCAAUAAUGACAGGGAUUGUCGUGAUAGAGGUGAUAGAGGGGAUAGGGACAGAGGCGACCGCGAUCGCGAUCGUGACCGAGAAUUCAGAGAUAGAGACCGUGAUAGAGAUUACCAACGCGAUCGCGAACAACCAAACCCUUUUUCGAAAACAUUUCAACAAAAUAUACCUCCGCGGUUUUUGAAGCAACAACAAAACCGACAGCAAGACGACCAACACAAAGCGUGGUCUUUCACUAACAAACCGGCUCCACGACGCCAAGAACCGCCUCCGUAUAAUGGUCCUAGGCACAAUCCGAGCCACAAUAAUAAUCGCCGUUCAUAUUCCAGAGAUUAUUCAGAUCGUGAAGAUGAUGUAAGGAGAGAUAGGGAUGGACCGGGCCCUCAGUGGAGAUCAGAAAUGCAGGAUUAUGAUAGAUCUGGCCGUGACUUGGAUAGGUCUAACUCUAAAGAUUCAUACAAAGAAUUUAACGAGUACAAGGACAGAAGAAAUGAAUCUGACAAAAAAGCCUUAGAUGCGAUUGACCAAAGUAGUAGAACUGCUGCAGAUAAAUUGACAGAAGUUUUUGAGAGGAAAAGUAUAGGUCUGGCUGAACCGUUCGCAUCUACUGAUUCUUCUACGCAGGCUCCAGGUCCAGAGAGGCGAACAACGCCACCCUCACAUUCUGUGCAACCGCAACGGGAAUCUUUUGAAAAAGAUUUAAGUAAGACCUCAUGGGCUGAAGUUACACAGGAGGAGCAAAGCAACACACUUCCAGUAAAACUAUCCCCAGAAAAAGAUGCUCCUCUGAAACAUAUUGAAACCCAAAACAAUGAACCCUUGACAAAUAAAGAAAACCCAGAAGUACUAACCUCUCAACAAAUGCCACCUAACAUGCACGUAAAUCUCAAAACACAAAAUCAAACUAACAAUUAUCAUAAUAAUCACAUAAUAUCUAAUGUUCAACCUAUUUCUCAUACUGUUCCAAUUCAACAAUCUAACAUAAUUAAUCCUCAAGUUAAUAUUCAAAUUCCUAUUUCUUCUACUAAUCAAUCUCAAUCAUCAAUAUUUAUUGAUCCUCACCCUAUUCCUAAGUCUAUUCUAAAUCAAUCUCCUCCGAAAUCUAUUGGUUCAAAUGAACCACUUCCUAAUCCUUCUCAAAUACAUAAGCAACCAAUUCAAGAACCAGUCUCUCUAGCUACAGUUAAACCAACUAUUGCAGUUCAGAAGUCUGAAAAAGACUUAUCAGAAUCUGAAUCAAUUGCUUCAAAAUCAAGCACUGACCCAUCAGCAAUAUCAGGAAAUAACUUAAUUGAGUCUCAGUCUGUUGAGACUAUUCAAGAUUCUCAAAAAAGACCUUUGGACGAUAAGAAAAAUGAAAGGUACAAUGUGGAUCAAACAAAUAAAAUCCCAAUGAAAGAACCAGUUGAACGAAAGUCCAGUGGAUCAGGAUCUGAAAAGAAAGGCAGAGGAUACGGUAGUGGAGGUUAUAAUGUUUAUGGUAGAGGUUGGGGCUCAAGAGAAUCUCGUGGAAGGCGGUCACAUAGAAGCUCCCGAUCUAAUAAUAGAGCGAGUGAAUCUGACGGAUCUACGGAUGGUAACAAUGUGGAGCGCAAAGAACGACGCAGAGCCCCGCGCAGUCCUCGUGGUAUCAAGAAAGACAGACCUGAGGACAUGAAUCAGGCAGCUACUGAAGGUCUUCCAAUCACAGAUGGUUUAGAAAAUAGAGAACCAUUUGCGCCUCGAGGACAACCGUCUCGACGUGGACGAGGUGGAUUCCAAGGCGCCAGUAGACCGCCAGCUCCGGCUAAGCGUGUGACUGGUUAUGGACCACCUAAUACAAAAAGUCCUUUCAGCCAAGCUAACAGGGCUGUAAAAGACCAUGAUGAAAUUAAAGAUGACGAGAAAGGUAAUAAAUCUCGUACUGGUUCGUCUUCCAGGAAAGGUCGCGACCGUCGCACAAAAGGUGGUCCUAAUAGUGGGGAAGAUGAAAAUUGGGAAACCACAUCAGAACAUUCCGAAAGCGGCGGUCACCAUCGCUCUAGUGGCGGAAGACAAUCGGCACAAUCUCUAAAGGUACAAAGUGGCAGUCGUAAUCAGAACAACAGACAGAACAAUAAUCGCGGUCAACAAGUACCUAAAAAGGAUGGAGAUAGUAAAAAUUCUGAUAUCACAGAGGCUAUUAGUGAUCUUAAGAUAUCUGCUAAAAAAGAUGAAGUCGUUGAUGAUGGAUUUCAAGAAGUUCGUAAUAAGAAGAAUUCUAAAGAAACUAGAGCACCUACUAAUGUAAAGGAUGAAAAGCCACCGAGGUCGCAUUCGAAUCAAGGCAACGGUAGAAAUGGUUCCUCUUCCAGGAGUUCUAACGACAAAUCUAUCACUCGCGGAUCAGCCCCAGUUCCUGGGAAACCAAGUUCUCAGUACGAUCGCCCACGUCAAGCUAAUUUGGCACCCAGAUUUGUUAAGCAGCGCCAGAAGCAACAAAUGGGAUUGAUCCCUAGCUUCGGUCCGGAUACAGGCGCCGCUCCUCCGCCGCCACCGGUGAACGCAUGGGACAAGCCUAUUUCCCAGACUUUGCGAGGCAAUGUUGAAGAACCUCCAGAAGUCAUUGAUACAAAGUCGAGCCAAUCGAGCCAGCGAAGCACUCCCGGUGACACACCCAUUGAGAUUAAACCUGUUGUAACACCGUGCGCGCUAGUGUGCGACAAAACUGGAGUUCUAGAUGGUGCAACUCCUCCUGUAGAAACUAUUAUAUUUGAAAAUACCAAUUAUAAAACUGCACCACCCGCCGAGGCUUUGAAACAGAAAUAUCAACCGAGUGCAGCAACUGCCAAACCUCAGACCGAGGAAAUUCCACCAGAAAUGGAAGCGCGCCCAAUGGCGUUCAACGGUGAUAUGAGAGACGUCAGAGCGCGUCCUAGGUCAAUACAGGAAAUCAUGGCCGAAACUGGCGGCAGACCGGUUUCAGAAGCGGAAGGUUCACUCGGGCUGCAAAUGUCCUUUGACACAUCUCAAAAAGCCGAAGAGUCUGACAUGAAGCUCGAUUUCGCCUUCGACUCUGAUCUCGGCCAACUCACUGAGGACAAAACUGCGAAAACUCUUGGAAUACCUCGCGGCACACACAUGAGCUCUUCUAACACGAUAUCGGCGGCGGAUCUCAAUUUCAAAAUCGCCAGUGUGAAGAAGGUCUGGGAAAUGCCUGCGGUGGUGGAGGGUGGUGAGGAGUUGCAGUUUUCUGUCAUGGAGGAAACCAAUACGGAGACGGGUGCACCUCCUAACGUGUGUAAAGUGAAGCCUACGCAACAGUUGCAGUCACCACCGCCGUCGCACUACAACCACGUGAGCUACCAGGGUGGUUACGGCGGCUUAUCAGUACCAUCACCGCCUGCUGUUCUGUUCAACUCAACCCAACCUAUGAUGAAUUCUACCCAACAACUUCCGCAGCAGGGUAACUUGUACGGCACCUUCUUGGACCAAAACCGUACGCAAUUUGGCGGGUUUCCUGGAACACCAUACGGCGCUGGAUCCGCUGCUCCAUACAAUUACCAACCACCGCCCGACAUGUUUCAAAGCCUACCAAAUCAAUACCGCAUGGGUCCAGCAGGCAGCGGUGCAGCAUUUGGGCAAUCUGCUCAACUGGGAAACAGUCCCAGCACUGUUCUUAUAUCAAGUACUACAAACACACAUAUGUCUACUGUUAAACCUUCAACUCAACAAAUUGGUGCUAUUGGAAGCAAAGGCGCCGGUGUCGGCGGCAUCGGUGGCGGCGGCGUGAACACGUUCCAGCAGCAAUACCUGGGGUACUCGGGCCCCGAGGCGCAGUACUCGCUGACGGGGCUGCUGCCGAGGCCCGCGCCGCCCGCCACGUCGUACUACUCGCCGUACCAGCCGCCCACCGCGCCCGCGCCCACCUACCCGCUGCAGUUCACGCAGCCGGCUGUGCAGCAGUCCAGCGCCUUCAGCUCGCAGUUCCUCUCGUCGCAACUGCACGCCGCAGCCGCCGCAGCGGUCCAGCAGAUGCAGCAACAGUACCGCGCGCCGCCGCUGCAGACGCAGUACGCGCCGCAGCCGCGCCCGCCGCCGCAGCAGCAGCUCAAGAGCCCGCUGCACGAGCACGCCAACGGGUUCGCGCCGCUGUGCGACUCGGCCUCGCCCACGCCCAAGGGCGCGCCCAAGCCGCAGAAGCCGCCGCACUCGCCGCCGCACAAGUACCACGCGCCGCCGCCGCACCAGCCGCACGUGCAGCACCCGCCGCCCGCGCACACGCCGCACCAGCAUCAGCACCAUCAGCAGCAUCCGCAGCACCAGCAGCAAAUGGUAGUCGGCGGCAACAAUGGGCGUGGCAACGGAGGCGGCGGCAACGGCAACGCGAUGAACCGCAGCGGCAUGGUGGCGCCGCGCUACCCCGCGCCCAUCCAGCGCCCGCACGCGCCGGCGCUGCCCAUGUACCGCGCGCCGCCCGCGCAGCAGCCGCCGCGCUCGCACCACGCGCCGCGCCCCAACCACCAGCUCUACUACCACCACCAUCAGCGCAAUGGUGGCGGCGGUUCGGACCGAGUACCAGAAGGAGUAGAAGUGGUGGCCAGCGUCGAGGACGUGGGCGACGGCGCCCCCGCCGGCGAAGCGCCCGCGCCCGCCGAGGUGAAGGCGGAGUGAGCGCCCGCACACCGGACGCAAGACUUAGGUUCUCGGUAUUUUAAGUCGUAAAUUAUGGAAGUGUUAUAAUGAUUCGUGCGAAUAGAUGCGCCCCCGCCGCAGGCCGGGAGCGGCCCGAGCUCGGCCGCCGCUGCGCGCCCCCGCGGGUCGCAUCUCGAUGUAAAUAAAUCGGACUGACAUCCGGCUGUCUAAUCGACUGUUAUAAUUUAAGUAAUGUAUAAGGUCCCCGUAAACACAAUAAUAUUGUCAAUGAAAUGGACAGAUUUCUCAAGUCGUAACCCUAGAAAAUUAUGGCUUACGCUGUGGUACGACAUUUGACAACUUUACCCUACUCCAUUGACAAUAAGUGUGCGCGCAACCUAAAUGCGACAGGUCAUCGGCCUUGCCGCGUGCCGCCGGUGCGCGUCCAGCUGACCGACGCUGCCUCGAGACCUCUCACUAGUGAAUAUGUAGCCACGGUUUUGCAUUAAAAAUGUCGAUGCAAUACAAAUAAAUAAUAAUUAUAAUAAUAAAUAAAUGUAAUUUGGAGCAAAGGUGACCGAGUGGCGCUCGGCGUCCAUUGAUCGGUGCGCUGUAGCGUUCCAUGUAUCAUAAUCAAUUAUUAUUAUAUGCGAAUAAAAUUAUUAUGACCGA